AUGUCAACUCGUCUACAAUAUUAUGUUAUUACACCAGAUGAUGUUCUUUCUGACGAAAAUAUUAUUAAUUUUGCUUUGUUUGCAGAUUGUGACCCAAUUAUGUAUGAGGAGGCAGCUUGUGAUGAUCAUGAUUUAAUUUUUAUAGAAAAUAAUCCAGAGAUAAUUGCAGAGUUUAGAAGGGUUAUGAUUAAACAGUUUCAAAUGACAGAUAUGAGACUCAUGUCAUAUUUUUUGGAAGUUGAAGUCUUUCAGUCUGACAGUGAAAUUUUUAUAUCUGAAAAGAAAUGUGCAGGUGAUAUUUUAAAGAAGUUCAAGAUGGAUACAACGAAAUCGAUUAUGACACUAGUUGAAGAAAAAUUGAGUUUGAUCAAGAAGGGUGCUGUAAAUCUUACAUACUUUAAAAGUUUGGUAGGACAUUUAAGCAUUGUUCCUACGAAGAUUUAUUGUGAUAGUAAAUCAACGAUUGAAUUAUCCAAGAAUCCAGUAUUCCAUGGGCAUAGCAAGCAUAUUAAUAUUAAAUAUCACUUCAUACGUGAGUUGGUUCGAAAGAGAGAGAUUGAGGUUGAUUAUUACAGAACUGAAGAGCAAGUGGUUGACAUUUUUAUCAAGGCAUUGAAGAAGGAAACUUUUGUCAAGUUGAAAAAGAUGUUGGGUAUGUCCAAAUUAGAGGAGCUUGGUUUAAGGGAGGCAAUGUAA